GCCCCGCCCACUACGGAGGGCGAAGAGGGCCUCCCCGCGAGGGCCGUUCCCCGGCUUCUUCUGCCAGACCUACAAUCGUCGGCCCGGCACAGCUGGCAUUCUCCUCUAACGAAGAGCUUUUCCUUCACCAACUGGGGAUGAUUACUGAUUGUAGUUCUCCCUAAAGAGCUUAUUUUGAAGGAAUGUGUACCUGUUCAGCUUUGCUGACGUAAAGCCAAAAUGGAGCUCGUAUUGGAGCUUAAUUGCUGUGUAAAUCCAGGAAAUUUGAAACUCUCUAAAAUGAUGGCCACUCUUCUUCUAAAGAGGCUAACGUUGCACACCGUAAAGACUGGAAAUAAUUGCAUUAGAUGUCCUGGUACAUACACCCUGCACCAGACCGCACCAGCACGGCCGUCCCUCCGAGCUUCUGGCCCGAGACUGUCCUGCCCGAUUCACGCAAAAGCUUUCGGUACUGUUGCAGACACCCAGGACGAGAGGAAGAAGAAAAAGAAGAACGAACCAGCUCUUAGCAACAUCGGAAGAAAAAUUCACGAGCGGGUUAUUCACGUGCUGGAUGAGGCCGGCAACGACUUGGGCAACAUGCACCGAGCAGACGUGAUCAGGCUCAUGAACGAGCGGGACCUGAGGCUCGUGACAAGGGACAGCGGCGCGGAGCCCCCGCAGUACCAGCUCCUGACGGGGGCACAGAUCCACGAGGAGCGCCUGCGACUCCGGGAGCUGGGAAAGGCCCACCCGAAACCCGGCCCCACCCUGACAAAGGAGCUAACUUUUUCUUCAAAUAUUGGACGACAUGAUUUGGACACAAAGAGUAAACAGAUUCAGCAAUGGAUUGAGAAAAAAUACAGAGUUCAAAUUACUAUAAAGAAAGGGAAGAACGUAGAGCCGGAAAAUAAAAUGGAGGAGAUAUGUAAUCAAAUACUCCAAACUAUGCCCGGAAUAGCUACCUUCUCAACCCGCCCACAACCUGUUAGGGGAGGGAAAGCUGUAAUGUGUGUUCUUCGUCAUUUAAGCAAAAAGGAAGAGAAUGCAUAUAGAGAAACCCAAGGAGCCCAGAAAGAGGACCCUUUGAACAAAGAAAAUGGAAACAACAGAGAAUCAGAUGUUGUGCAUCCGUGAUUUUAAUAAAGAAAAAUGUGCUUCUGGGAGGAAAGAA